AUGUCUUCACAAGUUGCAAAAGCCGCCCGGCGCGUGACUCAUGAGCUUCAUGGCAUUGUUGUAUCUGCUGGUCUGAUGCAAAAAACCGUCAAGGUUCGAGUCGGUGGUCAAAAAUGGAAUAAAGUCAUCAACAAGUGGUUUGCAGAGCCAAAGCACUACCUCGUGCACGAUCCCAACUCCUCUCUUCGUACUGGCGACGUCGUCUCCAUCGUUCCCGGCUGGCCGACCUCCAAACACAAGCGUCACGUUAUCAAAAACAUCAUUGCGCCCUAUGGCACUCCAGUCGAGGAACGGCCGCCGAUUCCCUCACGAGAGGAGCGUAUCGCCGAACGAGAAGCCAAGCGAGCUGUCAAGGCUGAACGAAGAAUACAGAACAAGGAGGAACAGAAGGAAUGA